AUGACGGUUACACACGAACCCGAACGAGCAAUUUAUUUAAAAGAUGAUGCUACGUUCGACAAGACACAGUUCCUGAUCCCGCAUCAUUAUCUCGAUAGUAUUGAGUCGGUGCUAAUUCCAAAAGGAUUGAUCGAAGAUCGUGUAGAAAAACUGGCUCAAAACAUUCGCGACGCUUAUGAAGGGAAGACAAUACAUCUGGUGUGUAUUUUGAAAGGCGGAAGUGCCUUUUUCCAUGCUCUCGUGAACCAAUUACGACUAUAUCACAAGUACAAUAAGUGUAACUACGUACCCUUCACUUUUGACUUUAUCCGAGUGAAGAGUUACGAAGGUACGAAGAGUACAGGUGAUGUCCAAAUCUCCGGUGCAGAUCUUGCCAAGUUUAAAGGCAAGAGUCUGUUGUUAAUUGAGGAUAUUAUUGACUCGGGCAAGACCAUGGCUAAACUCGUACCGUUGCUCAAACAGUACGAACCUGAGUCCGUACGCGUAGCCAGUCUACUGGAAAAGCGUAACCCUGACAAUUGUGGUUUUGUGGCCGAUUUUGUUGGCUUCAAUAUUCCCGACAAGUUUGUGAUUGGUUACUGCCUUGACUAUAAUGAGAUGUUUCGCGAUCUGGAUCACAUUUGCAUCAUCAAUGAAGUAGGAAUUACGAAAUAUGCUACGAACUCGUAA